AUGUUCACGUCUCCGUUGGCAAAGAAGCAAAAGAUCCACAUGCAUGCGACGCCAGAAACACCUGUCAAUCGCAAGGCAGCAACAGCUUUGAAUGGAACGACGAUGUUUCCCGAAGACAUGCACGCCAAGACCGUCCGAAGCCUCCGGCGGAUGGUGGGUUCGUGUUUGGCCACCAACCAACCAUCGAGCGCCGUGUUCUACGCCAGCAAGUUGGCGACGAUGACAGGUGAUGCGUUGGACUUGAUGCUAUUGGCAAGAAGUUACUACGCCACGGGCGACUUCCAUCAAGCGAUCCACGCGUUGAAGCAACUUACCGACGUGAAGGGGCACCCGAACAACUUCGCUGCCCAACACAGUCCACGACAUCCGACAAAACCCCGUCCAACAUGUCCCGACGAACAUUCUCUCUUGAGCGCGUACCUCCUCCUUGCCCAAGCGAUGAUAGCCAUCUUGCAAUGGGACGACUGUCAAGACAUGCUUGACACCGUGCUCGUGGGCAGCGAAGAUCACAUCCUUCGGAAGGCGCAUGCUUGUCGGCGUUCUCCCGCGGUCGAUGACAAAGAUCCACUCCAUCCCCAGUCCCCCAUCAAUGUCAUUGCGUCGCUCUGUUGUGUGCGCGGCGAUGUCUGCGAAGCGCUGGAAAGCCGCGAGCGUGCCGCAUAUUGGUAUUCAUUGGCGUUAAAGUGCGACGUGCACUGCUGCGAUGCGUUCAGGCACCUCGUGGACGACAUCAUGCUGUCAUCGCUGCAGGAGCGCCACCUGUUUGAAUCGCUCUCGUUUCACGGUCCCGAAGACGAGUAUUUGAAGUGCUUUUACGCGUCGCAGCUUGGACGGUACGACCCGUCGCCACCUGUCGCAGACAAGUUUCGCGCCGUGGAAAUGGUGCACGGCUUGCAAGCCAACAUCGACGUGAUGGUUGCCAAGGCUGAAACGUACUACUACCAGCUCGACACGGAGAAAGCCUAUGCCAUCUGCCAACGAAUACGCACCGACGCGCCGUUCGAUUACAAGUCGAUUCCUGUGUACGUGAGUACGCUGGUGCAGCUCGACAAACGCAGCGACCUCUUUCACUUUGCCCAUGACCUGGUGGCCAAGUACCCGACCAAGGCCGCGGCGUGGUACACCGUCGGAUGCUACUACCUAGUGGUAGGCAAUUUGGACGGAGCCCACCGAUUCUUUCACAAGGCCACCCACGUGGAGCCCCAGUUUGCGCCGGCGUGGCUCGGCUUUGGCCACGUGUUUGCUCUUCAAGACGAGAGCGAUCAGGCCAUGGCGUCGUACCGGACGGCGUCGCGGCUGUCCCUCGGCUGCCACCUCCCGCUGCUGUGUAUGGGCAUGGAGCACUACCGCGUAAACAACCUCCCGUCGGCGCUGCAGCUGGUCGUGCAGGCGCGGACAGUGUGCCCCACCGACCCCCUCGUGUACAACGAACUGGGGGCGGUGUACUGUCGACAGCGCAAGUACCGAGCCGCCAUCGACGUGUUUUCCAAAGCGUUGACGCUGUGUGACCAUCUGCCACAGGCCUUGCUAGUAGCGUGGGAACCUACCUUUUUCAACAUGGCACAGGCCUAUCGAAAGCUACGGGAAUACAAGGUAGCGAUACAGUACUACCAACAAGCGCUGGCGUUGUGUCCUACGAAUCCGUCCACGCACUUUGCCCUUGGGUUUACGUACCACAUGCAGAAUCAUUUGGACGAUGCCAUCGAUUCCUACCACACAGCACUGUCGUUCGACCCCGAAGAUGCAACAGCCGCUCAAAUGCUCGACGAAGCCCUGAGAAGUUUGCUCACAUCCGCCUCCCUGCAAGAUGCCCCGGACAUGUCUCCCCAUGCAGAGGAUAACCUGUCGGACACAAAUGACUUGAGUCUGACCAUGGACCUGUCGUUUGAAAGCACCGACAUGUAG